UUGCUAAUAGUCGCGUAGAAACGUACGGGUUAACAGUGCCGUAUUUUGCUUAAACUGAGUUAGUUUUGUGAAUAAUUAUUAGUAUUGUGAAGUUGGACAUGAGUAAAAUUCCAAGUGGUAUUAGUCGGUGUUCAGCGAAAAUGUGCAAGAACAAUUCAAAAAAUUGUAAUUACAGUUUUUUCCGAUUUCCCAAGGAAGCUGAUAGAGCACGAAAUUGGGCAAUGUUGUGCCAGAGAGAAGAUUUGAUAAACAAGAAAACAAACUUAAAUUUGAACAGAUUAUGCAGUGUGCAUUUUGAAAAUACUAUGUUUUCAAAUGAAACUCGGAACAGGUUAUGUAAAAACGCAGUACCAAGUUUAUUUCCUUCAAUAGAAGACAGUCCAAACCAACAUUCGAAUGUUGAUCAAGUUAUUAACUGUAAAAAGCGAUGGAAGAACAUCAAAGACACCCAUGACAGAAGGAACAAAAGGAACACGAAAAUUAUUAGGACUAGUUCGGAUGCACCACUUUACAAAAAAGGAAAGAAGAAAUGGCUAUUACAAGAAAAGUUGUCAUUCCUCAGGACACCGAAUUAUUCUCGAAGGGAUUUCUGCAACGUCGACGAGAACGUUGGUCAUGAUAACAUCGAAAUCGAUGGGCAAUCGACCAGUAAGGAUUCUGAGAUGGAACAGGAACUAACAGCCAAGGAAUCACCACCCAGAGAGCCCACCAGCAUGGAAAAUAUGAAUUAUAGAGAAAACCUGACUUCAGACAUUGAAGAAAUAUCAAAAGAGAGAGAUGAAAUAAUCAAUGAAAAUAUGAAUUAUAGAGAUAACUUUACUUCAGCCAUUGAAAAAAGAUCAAGAGAGGGAGAUGCAAUGAUCAAUGAGAAUAUUAAUUAUAGUGAAAACCUUAUUUCAACCAUUGAAAAGAGAUCAAAAGAGAGAGAUGCAAUGAUCCAACAGCUAUUUCAAACGGAUACUGAAACUGACGAAACGGAUUUAUUUUUUAGAAGCAUUGCAAUGACUGUAAAGAAGUUUCCUCGUCACUUACAACAACGAGCCAAAAUACAAACCCUAACAAUGAUAUCAAACAUUGAGUCAGAGAUGUGGUCUUCGGGCCCGAGUACUUCUGUAAGCGCUAUUGCACAAGAAGUGCAUUAUCCGUCAUUGUGUUCCAAUACUACAUAUACUGACACAGUUACAUUGAAUCAUUUUCCCGAAGUUAAGUUUAGCGAUGUCCUAGAACCAUCGACCCAACCGAAUUUUUAAUCUUGAGUCAAUGACAAUACUUAUACACUGAUAAAUAAAUAACUUAUCUGAGUA